UCUUUGUGCUUGUGACUGGACAAGCAAGGGACUCGAUGCGGCGGCCGCCGCCGCUCGCCCCGCUGCUCCGUCGACUCUCCUCCCACCCGUCCGACUGUCCCGCCGUCCACGCCUCUCUCAUCAAGUCGUCCUCCCUCUCCGGCCCUAUCCCGGCCACCGCCCUCCUCACCGCCUACGCCAACGCCGGCCUCCCCUCCGCGGCGUCCCGCCUGUUCGGCGAAAUGCCCGCGCGGGACGCCGUCGCCUGGAACGCGCUCCUCGCCUGCCUCGUCCGCCACGCGCGCCCCGCCGCCGCCGCGGACGCCUUCCGCGGCAUGGCCGCCGCGGGGUUGGCGCCCACGGCCGCGACCCUCUGCACCGUGGCCAAGGCGUGCGUCGCGUCUCGCGCGCUCCGCCCCGGCCGUCAGGUCCACGCCCGCAGCGUCCUCGCGUGCCACGCUGAUGUCGUCAUGGCGACGGUGCUCGUGGAUCUCUACAUGAGCUGUGGCCUUGUCGAGGAAGCCAUGAGGGUGUUUAGGUGCACGGACUGCCCAAAGGAUGUUGCUCUGUACAAUGCUGUUAUUUCAGGUUAUGUGGAGAACGGCAGAUUCAGGGAGGUUUUCUUGAUGCUUGGGAGGAUUGAGCUCAAUGGCAUUACACUGACAUGCGCUCUCACUGCCUGCUCAGCGACGGCGAAUUUGAUGUAUGGUAUGCAGGUGCAUUGCAAGGCUCUUCGUCGUGGGUUUUCUUCGGAGACCAUAUUAUGCAAUGCACUUAUCAAUAUGUAUGCAAAAUGUGGGGGGACAAUGGCUGCUCGUAUGAUUUUUGACCGAAUGGUUUGCAGGAACGUGGUUUCCUGGUCCAGUAUGAUUGACGCUUAUAGUCACCAUGGGCAUGGAGAAGCAGCAUUAGAUUUGUUUAAAAUGAUGGAGAAAGCUGAACCAGUGGUCUUGCCAAACAUGGUUACAUUCUCCGCUGUUCUUUCAGCUUGCAGACAAUCUGGUCUUGUCGAUGACGGCAGAGCUACAUUACAUUUGAUGAAAAAUCAAUAUGGGAUUAAUCCGGGACCAGAGCACUAUGCAUGCUUUAUCGAUUUACUAGGCCGUGCAGGCCAGAUUGAUGAGGCAUGGGAUCUCUAUUGCAGUUUCAGUUCAAACCAAAGUGAGCUUUCUGGUUCCAUCUGUGUGGCAAUGUUGAAUGCAUGUAUUGCUAACAUGGAUGUGGUGAGAGGCAACAAAGUAGCCCUUCACCUUCUGGAGGUUGACCCAGAAAAUUCAGGAAGUCAUGUGCUAAUAUCGAAUUUUCAUGCUGCUGCUAGACAAUGGUCCGAAUCAGAUGAAUCAAGGAGGACUAUAAUGGACAAGGGUCUUAGGAAAGAAGCAGCUAGUAGUCAUAUCUCCUCCACUGGAUAGGAACUGAGUUUCCACUUUGCUCUAGUCUGGGAGUACAUCUCAUCACUGGAUUAUACACAAGGACACCAAGAACAUUUUGGGGGAAAAUAAGCCGAGAACACAACUCAUGCUAAUUGGACUCGAUGAGUGAUAACAUCAAACAAACUCAGUGGGGAAGGGGAACACUUUUGAAUCAGUGUUUACUGAGCAUAUGAGAUUAAAUGGCUUGCUUUCCAGUCUUAUCCUAAGGGGUUAUGGAGCUGCAUGAAGUUUGUUCUGAAAAUUUUCAAGAAACAAGAAAGUAAACAGUAUAUACAAUUUAAUAACUAUUAAUAAUCCUACAAUCUCCCCUCACCGAAUUCUCCCAAAUGAAAUGGUUAAUACUAAUCACACCAUGAUGCUGUAUGGGUUCAAAUGAUAGGAAGCUGAGUUGGCCACUAAAUAUGUGUGGUCCAUGGUGGCCCUAGAUCUUUUCAUAUAAGAAGCUACGUAGUACCAGUGUGAAGAUUUUCUGCUUUAAUAAUCUUGUCAAGCUGAUUCUGGACAUUUCAUAUUCUUUGCACCUAAUUGGGGGUUCCAUCUCCAUGUGCACAUGUUCCACUUUUUGAAAUUUCAUUUCCAACAUUAGUUUUUCUCUCAGUGAUUUGAAUACCAUGAGUUGUGAUAUCUUUAUUUGCACAGUCAAUCACAACAUUUAUUGCUGAAUGUUUUGAUAGGAGUCGCCUCAUGUUUGUGUUGUCAGUUUAAACGCAGACCUCCAUCCAGCAUGUUCAAGAAAACGAUAGUAGUAUAGCUGAUGUAUCUGAACCUCAAGAAGAAAGUUCAUGUCACUUUCUUGGUCCCACAUUUGACAAGCUAAAAUUGUGCCAGCUGGAAAGAAACCCGAAUGCAUGCUAGCUGAUUACUCUUGAUCAUAUUAGCUCAUGAAAGUGACCUUUGAUUGCUCGAAGCUUGCUGUUCCACACCAUUUAUCAAUAGCAGACCACGAGCCAAAGUCAGUCCAAUGCAAGAUGCACAGUUAUCAUGUUUAGAUCUUCUUCAACUUCUAUCUUUUGUUUGUAGGACAUUGGCAUAUGCAAUAUCAUCCUUCAGCUCUAUGGAUUUUAUCAUGUUACUGCUACCAUCACAUUCAAUGAUUGACAUACUUGAGAUUACACGUGUAUCCAUGUAUGAAGGACCUAUAGUACCAUUUGGUCCCUGGCAAUACAUGACUGGCACAUUGUCAAUGAGCAUGCUCCUUUGCCCCCACAUGUUGCUGCUGCUUUGCCUACUGAGUGAUGGGCUGUUGAGACUUCCUUUUUGCAGGAACAUACACUGGUCCCCCCCUCUCUUGCUCCAUACAGUUUUCACAAUGUCUGUUUCAUUUGUGCUGUUUCUGAAAGGUCUGAAAACCAGAAGCCACCUAUUUUUGCUGUUUGAAACUUCAGGGAUAAUUCCUGCAUCACACAUCUAAGAAGCACACCUCAAGGGCCCUCCAUAAAUAGAAGCCGUGCAUGCACUUCAGCGUGUUUGGUACAUAUGCAUUGCAUAUAUUGCUCAUCUAUACAUCAUUGAUAUCACAAUAUCACAUCAAGAAAGUUCAAAAGCCUAGUCUUUGCUGGUUGCCGCCACACAUCCAUCUUGUUCAUGUUCUUAUCCAAUAAUUGCGAUUACAUUCUAACUUGCAACUUGAUGAGGAUCAGAUCUAUAUACCUGUCGGCAUCUUUUCUUCCCUUUGCAGAUUAAAACCUCAGAUGGGCAUUCACCCUUCCAUUUGCAUGGAACACUUCGAAUCUUUUCUAUGCAACAUAUAUAUUUCCUCCAUCAUUCAAGAGGGACAUGCUGCUUCUUGUUACAGGUAAUAAACACCUUAAAGCUCCUUGAAGCAAAAGAAGAGGAUUUUAACCGAGGUGUAAAUUGGAAGCCUAAUUCAGUAGGUUAUCAAGAUUUUAAGUUUUUUUCGGAGGUUCCUCCCUUUUAGCUUGCUCUGGUAGGUUAUCAAGCCUAAUUCAGUACUUCAUACCAUAAUGGACAUCAUCAUUUAUGUGUCACUCUCAUAGUUGUUAGGUGUUCAUUAGCUCCAGCACAAGCAAUCAUCUGUAACCAGCGUAUGAAGGUUGUACUGAACGAUAGAAGUUAAUA